UUUAAACCGACUUUAUCUAAGGAUGAAAUAAAAAUAUACAAAACGCAAUCAAAAAGUUGUUAAUGUUACGUUUAUAACUGUUUGAAGGCAUUUUACAACCCAAAAAUCAUUGUGUAGCUUUUUGCCAGACUAAAUGAUGUUUCACUUACAUAUUUAGCCUUUUAUCUUUACACCUCAUCUCUUCCUCAUCACAUCAGUCUGUAUUUAGAUAGAAACAGCAGCUGAUGUGAGGUGUUUGCGUGGUAUUUUGUGCGCAUGCAUCGUUCAUCGUUAUCUGGCCCCUGAACUCAGCACUGAAUGAAUGAAUCAGUGAAUGAAAUCAUGAGUCAUUCACCUGUCUCUGACUCACGUGCUUAAUGUCGCCAGUCAAUGAAAAUGCAUCCUUGUGUUUGAAAGGUAAGAGGGUGACGAUUCUGUGACGCAGAGGCCCACCACCAUCACCACCACCACCCUACUAAAAAGCCAGCACGGUCCAUCUGUCUGGCUUCCUGGCCAACAACAUUGAACAGCUGCGACUUAAAACACAAACAUAACUAUAAAAAAAAAUUAAAUGACGAACAUGACUUUUAAAACGUGAGCAAAGCCCCCCCCUUUCACCUGUAAAAAAUAAACAUUUCUAUGAGCUAUUUUAGUGAUCGACGUGUAAACAAGCAGCUGUUAUCCUGCUCUGUUGUUAAUGGGAUCAACUACUUUUGCGUCUUCAGCUAAUCCCGGGUCGAGGACCUCAGAGGUCAUCAGUUAAAUCCCCCAUAAGAGCAGACAGUGACACAGCAGAGUAAAUACACUGGGAGCGAUGCAAGGGACGGAUGCUGCACUUCACAGCUUCAACCAAUGAUACAAACAGCUGAUAUUGUCCAAAGGAGAUCUACCACUUACAGAUAAAAAGACACGUCAUUCCUGGUUUAAACUGGAAAGAUUGUUCUAGGAUUAGUAGAAGUGAGGAUAAAAGUGUAAAUCCUGUAUCCUGGCACAACAUCGACACAAGACAACUCUAGAUAUGGAUUCCUUCAGGUCGCUGAAGCAGUUCACCAGCUGCGUGUCUGGAACGAUCACCUCGGCCAAGAGGAGCCAGCCUGUCCGCAGAAACAGCUUAGCCCGCAGGAGGAGCAUCAGCAGGAGGAGAAGCGUUCCUUGCAACAGCAGGAGGAGAAGCGUUCCUUGCAACAGCCAGAAAGUCCAGGACUCCUGGCUCAGAGUGUACCAAGCUGAACUGAAGAAAGAAAGGAAACGACAGCAGGAUUUACUGGCCAAGAAGAACUCCAGCGGGUCCGUGAGAACAGCUCACUUUAGGAGCCACCACUGCCUUCCACGGCAGAAAACCAAUGUCAGGAAACCAGCAUCAUCAGCAGCAAAGGAUGCUUCCUUCUUUGGAGCUUUCCAGGGCCUCAGUCUGGAUGAACUGUUGGGAGGCACAAACGGAUCUCCUUCCGUCUCUGCUCCUUCUGCUGCCGGAGGAGAUCAGUGCAAGGUUAUGUGAGACUCGACAUUCAAAGACAAUCAGGCUGUGCUCGAAAGAUUAUCCUUCCAAGGAGACUUUGACCAAAGAGGGACCUGCACGUGAAAAAGCUUGUGGAGGAAAUGUGUUUUUAGAGUUCAAACACCUUGUUACCUAAAAAAAAAAAAGUUGAAAAUGUUUGGAUGGCUGGUUUUACGUCCAUUUAUAGAAAUGUUGAUUUUAUUUAGAAAAACAUUUCUUGAUUCCAUGACGUGUUUUGCAGAUGAAUCAAUCUUUGUACUGUUUCUAUUUCUAAUUGUCUGCUAAAUGAGAACUAUGUCUAUUAAAUGCAAAU